ACUCUCAGAGCUGGAAUUUAGCCGGAUUGAGUGCAGAAACUAAGGUAGUGUGUUGUCUUAUUUUGUACAGUCAUUCGUGGCAGGGCUGAGGCUAUCAACUCACGACAAGUGAAACCCCAGUUCAGUCACAGGAAGCUUUCCUGACGUAGAACUCGCCAUCUCAACAGUCGCAGCUCAGCACUCUGACCUCCGAGCUCUACCUCUGGAUACAUCCACUCUGUGUUUCUGCAGAUGAGCAGCUCACUUGCCACCGAGAGCCCAGAAAAUGCAGGUCCUGAGAAGAAAACCGAAACCCAGGAAGCGGAGUGUGGGAGUGAACCCGGUGACAUCAGCGACACGGACAGCGUCGCAAGCCAUUCGCUCCUGAACCCUUUUACUACGGCUGCCCUGGUAAGCAGUGCAGGCUUUAGCCAAAGGUUCGAUGUCGACCAACACGCAGAGCGUGCCGGCACCCAGCCAGAACACUCAAGCGCCGCCCACGCCUCCCGCAAAUGUGCCGGAGUCUCCCCGAAACUCUCCUCCGCCACCAACGAUCUUGCCCGAGCAUCCGCGGGACCCUCCUACGCCACGCCAGACCAUCGCGCCGGGGUCUUCCCGGAACUCUCCUUCACCGCCUCUGACUGUGCCGGAGUUUCGGGAUGCUUCCACCCCUUCGCUGCACCUCCCGUCGGCACCUGCGCAUGACAUCUCACAACUGGACGUGGAGUACGUCCGUAGGUUCUGGUCGCACCUCAGGGAGAUGGGGAAGGUGGAGGCGGUGUUUGACAUCAUCUCGCAAGGCCUGGAUAACCUCAAGCGGAACGUCGCGACCGUCAACGCCACCAACCAGGCGCUCGUGCAGUCCUUCUCGAUGAUCACCGUCAUGGGGAAGUAUGACAUGAUCCUGUCCACCCUGAGGCGAGACUGGGCCGAGCGGCGCUGGCGCCUGGAGGAGGAGGGGCGGCGCCUGCAGCUGCUGGCGAGCGCUGAAGUCCCGCCGGCUCGGGGCGACGCGCGAGGGGCCACGUCGUCCUCCGCGUCGUCGUCGCCAUCGACGACGACGUCGUCACGUCGCGGCUCGCACCGGCGGUGCGACGUGCGGUGCUGCGCGGCGCCGUGCCCCCCGUCGCUGUGCUAUGACGUGCCGCGCUGGACCAACCCGCUGCGCGUUCCCCUGCUGCACGGCUUCCAGCGCCUGGCCUCCACCUCGCAGGUGUGUUACCGCGCGCCCUGCGGGAGGCUGCUUAGCUCCGCGGAUGAGGCGCGCCGCUUCCUGACGGACUCGGGAUGGCGCCGCUUCCUCUGCGCACGCCUCUUCUCCUUCAACCCGUCCGUCGGCGUGUCCUCCGAGCCCAACCCGGCGCUGCUGCCCACCGACAAUGGCGCCGGGCCCGGCUGCUGCCCGGCCGCCCUGCGCCUUCUGCCUCCCGGCACGGGGCUGCCCCAGCUGCUGGUGGAGGACCUGUCGGCGGGCAGCGAGAAGCAUGUUGCGGUGCCUUGCGUGAACUCGCUGGGGCUUGACGCGCCCGAGCCUUUCCUGUACCGCUGGCGCCCGUCCUGUGGCUCGGUGUCCGGGCAGGGGCACCGCUUCUGCGUCAGCUGCGACUGCGCGGACGACUGCGGAGACGCGGAGAGGUGUGCCUGCCGGAGACUGACUGCCAGCGUCGCCUUGGAGGGAGGGAGCUCCACGGGCUACGUCCACGGACGUCUGCUGGGCAAAGUUCCCUCUGGGAUCUACGAGUGCAACGCGCGUUGCGCUUGCAGCAGGAGGGGACGAGCGGCCUUGGCAGCAGAGGCAGCGAGCGCAGCCGGCGUUGAAACUGGCGUCAACGCAGAGCCGAUGGAGGUGGAGGAGGAGGCCACAGAGGAGGCGUGGCGGUGGCCGUGUGAGAACCGCGUGGUUGGCGACGGGCUCCGCGUGAGGCUGCAGGUGUUCCGCACGAGGUCGCCGGGCGGGUGGGGCGUGCGCUGCGUAGACGAUCUGGACGUCGGCGCCUUCGUGUGCGUCCACGCCGGGGUCAUGGAGGAGAGUCACGCGACGCGGCAGGAAUCGGCGUCACCCAAAGACGGUGGUCACGACGUCGCAGGAGCAGCAGCAGAGGCAAUGCCUGGACGUGGAGUGGCUGGCCUCGGUGUUAGAAGGAUCUUGGGAGUUGCGGUGUCAUCUUCCAAGGGAUGCCGAGAGAGUCUGAGCUCCGAGUCGGAGGGAGAGCAUUUUGCAUAUCAGCUGGACACGAGGGAGGGGAGCGUGGGGAGGUUCAUGAACCACAGCUCCAGCCCCAACAUGUUCAUCCAGGAGGUGUUUGUGGACACGCACGACCCGCGGUUCCCCUGGCUCGCGCUCUUUACCCACAGGUUCGUGCGCGCGGGCGAGGAGCUGACGUGGGACUACAGCUGCCGCCAGGGAGCUUCCACCGAUUCAUCGGUGGCUACCGCUGCGCCAUCACCCCCGCAACUGACGGUCGCUCACAACGCCGCGUCUGAUCCCCGCCACCCUUCGUCGAACUGAGUCGUUCUCACGACGUCCACAGUUUGUCGUGCUCGUCACAGCGCCGUUACAAAUCCCGGCGCACCUGACGUUUUUGUGUGAGCGUGCGUGUGUGUGGUGCAAAGCGUGCCCUCGAAGCAUCGCGUUGGGUCAAAGGCGAUGUUUCCCAGUAAGAUUUUUCCAUUUUGGUCGUGAAAACCCCCGUGAUUUCUGUGAAGACCAAAAUGUACCCAUUUACAGCUCAUAAUGUGAUUUACAUUGUAUUUCAUAUUGUAGAAAUUUAAAAAUCAGUAUGAAAGAAAAGGGCAAAAGAGCACGACUGAAACCACCCUAAAUCACAAGCCAAUUAUGGAAUGCGCAAUCCAAUACUGCAAUAGUUACUGUACAAAUAUAGUAAUGUACUGGGAUUGUCUGGCAAGUGAUGUUUCCGUACGGCGUGGAGACUCCGCUAACAAAUCAGCAUUGCCUUGCACGCUGUACAUUUUUUUAGCUUGGGGCGUGCAAUUUAAUUUUUUUAUUCGCUAUAGAGAUCUGUUGUUUUUUAAGGGUCCCCCCCCAAAAUGUUUUUUAUUUGCAGCGCAGUAAUACCCCGAAUUGCAUCUCCCCCUUCUACGUGGUUUCGCAAAUACCUCGUCACUUUAUUAUCACCACCACUACCUGAAUUGCCUCAACUCCUCGCUUUUUACUUAAUUUCGAUAUUCGUCUUCGCACCUUUCAGGGAACACAUGCCCGGCGUAAACCGGGGUAGUACUGCACAGGGUAUACAUCGUCCCACAACUGCUGUUGACUUCCCCACAAUGUGAAACAUAUUUUAUCCACGCCGGAAGGCUGAUAUGGCCGAGCCAUCCACUAACCAGGAUUUUAACUCGCGGCCUUCCGAUUGUGGUCCGCUUGCUUCUCCGCUGAGCCAGCUGACCAGCUCGAGGGGGGGGGGGGGAGAAAUAAUUUUUUUUCAACUUACGAACAAGUUUCCGAAAAAAUUGUUUCCAAUCUGGAAAUGACCUUGGCUGAGGAAUAACGGUUUUGGAGCUUGAGGUUGGUGAGCAGUGCUCCCACUAAACAUCCCCACUGCUCCAUGCAGCCAUUGCACCGCUGAGUGGGGUGGGCAAGCAGUUGUGUGUGGCUGUAUUGGGUAUUGAGUUACCAGCUUUGUCGGCAGUUUAAUUAAUGAAGCACAGAGCCUAGAUGGAGGCUUUUUUUUUUCCAAUGCAAUUGUGAUUUAACUGUUCGUAACGGCUCGGAGCUAAACGCAGGUCACGACUGCAUGGUGGAGUGACAAUGGCGCAGUGGUUAGCGCGUUGCGAUAUGAGCACGGUGAACCUGAGUUCGAUUCCAGGCCACGGCCAACAUAAGUGGCGAGCGAUAGCUUAACCAAAUCUUGACUGAAAGCUUUCGUGACUGCAGGAAUUAAUAUUCUUAGUGUCUUUCGGUAAAGUCACGUCGAUAGGUUCAAAUGAAUAAAAAUGAAAUAAACAAAAAACUACGACGUUUUGAUCACAACACAAACGUUUUUUUUUCCCCACACACAAACGUUUGUGUUGUAUUGUGAUCAACACCUUUCAUCCGUCCACACCAACUUGUGUGACCAAACAACUCCCGUGACCGAUACAGCAUGGGAGUUUCUUCAUCCAGCAGUGGAUUGAUGGAUGUUUUUGUUAUAUCCUCUACCAUUAACCAGGGGGUUAAACAAACUCAGAGACAUGAAACAUUGCCUCUUUUUCAAGGGUGACCUCAAUAUACCAAUGAACUAUACACAUGCCUGUAAACUAUGUUAAUCGUACAAUAAUGUUACAUUUAUGUUUUUUUUAAUCAAGAAACCCCAAGAAAAUAUAAUUUGAGAAUGCAUUGGGGAAAAAUCUACCUUAUCUAAAAUUAUAUCUGAGUACUCAUGGGAUGGAGCAAGAUAGUUUUUGUUUCUUCAAUUAAAAACUUGAUGUUUUUUUUACACCAAUCUUACUUCUAGUGCCACGUUAAACAUUUCACACCGUUAUUGGCCAAAACAUGCAUCCUCUACAAUUGAAAGAAUGCCACCCAUUCGUCAGAUAGGUCACCAAGGUGAAAUCUUAGAUAUCACUCUGCCCACUCUAAACUAAACUAUUUUUAUUUUGGCAGGUAAGGCCCGCUGAGUUUUAUAGCACUUUUUCAGAAGCGACCUGGCCACAGAUGAUAGCGAAGUGGUUUAUCACGUGAAAAUGUAUUGCAGCCAAAUACCCUAAACGCAGGUUUCUAAAUGUGGAGGGAAAACCGGAGGACCUGGAGAAAAAUCCACGCCACCAAGGGGAGAACAUGCAAACUCCAAAUAACAAUCUUGUAUUGAAGCUUUUGUAACUGCAGGAAUCCAUACUCUUUGGUUCUUUCGGUAAAGUCACGUACGUAGAAAAAAUAACAGAUCACGACGUUUCGAUCGCAACACAAGCAAUCGUCAUCAGGUGAAACAAACACAGCAGGGGAACUGCUGACGUAGGAGAAAGAGCUGCUGCAACGAGAGGUUUAUAAGAUUUUAGUGGGCCCAACCCAAGGGUAAGUGGGCGGAGCUAUAGAAGGAAUUUGUAUGUGAAUGUGAGAGAUUAGCGUGUUAAUGUGAGAUGGCCCAGCCACCGGAGGU